AUGGACUUGAAACCAUUCAUGACCCAGGUCCCACACUCAGCGGGUUCCCUGACUCAUUCCUACCAUUCCGCGUCAAACCAUCUGACUCCACUUCCCAGCCUGAUGUCCCCCAGCGAAGCACACACUGCACCAGUCUUCGGCGUGCACGCUUCUUCAAGUCAGUCAUCCUCUCACAUUCAUCAGUACUCAUCCGAUCAAACAGCAGCUAUUCCAAGAAAUGUGCCGAUCUUCCCCUACACGAUGGCCAACAGGAUGCGGUUACAGCUGAAGAUCCCUGGCUCACCAUCUUCCUUGUCUUCCCCGGGCAGCCAACAUUUGGAUCUCCCCGCGAACCUGCCAGAGUCUGGCAGUGUACAGAUGACGACGAUCAACGUCAACCCUAACUGUCGUUAUGGAAAGGUGAGCAUUCCUCUUGGAAUGUCCCAGUUGUCUGCCUCAAGCUCAAGUCUAAGUGCACCCAUGUCGCAGGAAACGUUCAACCAGCUUUGGCAGUUUCUGAAAGAGCCAGGGGAUUACACUCAGAUUGUUGGAAGGAAUGAAUUUAGUUUUGCCGAGGAUGAGGAGAGCACAACACUUCAAGUGGAUCGGUAUCAAAUCAGGCACGAUGUGGAUUUUUUAAAUCAAAUUCUGACAACAAGCAGUACCUCUGGAAUGAGUCCCGACUCACAAACGAAUAUUAUUGGCAGCACUGCAUCCAGUCCAUACGAUGAU